CUUUUUUCCACUCUUUCUUCUUCCUUGCUUUCAAAGUCUUCCUUUGCUUCACACAAAAUCCAAAACCUCCGCAGAAGCUCAACUGCUCAUCAAUGGCGGACUCCAUCCCCUGCAAAAAACCCCACUUCCCAUUCUCCGAUCCAAACCCAGAAGCUCACCGAAACCCGAUUCGACACGGUAAGUCCUACACCAUGCACUUUCUCCUUAAAGCUCUAAUCUUUGCCGUUUUCAUCGUUGUUCUUCCACUUUUCCCCUCACAAGCUCCCGAAUUUAUCAACCACACGAUCCUCACCAAGUUCUGGGAGCUCAUUCACGUUAUCUUCGUCGGCAUUGCCGUGUCCUACGGCUUGUUCAGCAGAAGAAAUAGUGCUGAAAUGGGGUUUGAGAAUAGCUCAAAUGUAGGUACUUCUGAGUCUUAUAUGCCUACAAUAUUUCCCGUUUCGUCGAAUUUCGACAGCGGGUAUGAACACCCAUGUGGGUAUGGUGAGAAAAGCGAAGGUGAGAGUUGGAAUUCUGGGUAUUUUGUGGGUAACCCUGUUGCUGCUGUGGCUCAAUCUUGUCAUGAAAGCAAUGUUUUUUAUGCCCAAUGCAAACCCAGUUUGGGGAUUUGUGAAAGUGGGUGUGAAAAUUCAUGUGGGUAUAAAGAGAAAAAUGUUACUCAAGCUAGGAAUUCUCAGUAUUUUCAGGGUGAAUCAAUGGUGUUUGUGGCUCAACCAAAUUAUGGUCUUGAUGAAUGGGGACAACCCAGAUCAAUGGUUGAUAAUCAGCCGUUAGGAUUGCCGGUUCGGAGUUUGAAACCGAGGGUGAAAAACCAGGAUAGUUUUGAGUUUGUUGCUGGGAGUGAGUUCAGUUUAGGUUCUAAGGGCUCUUUUAAUAGCUCUGAUAGGAUUAGUAAUGGGGAUUUUGGUGAUUUGGGUGCUAUAAAUUUAAAACAGAAGUUCAAUGAAGCUGCCGCAUCACCUUCCCCGGUUCAUUGGCGUUCGCGUUCUGCAAGGAUGGAAAGGGGGAAAAGAGUAGGUAGUAAUGCUCGUCCUUUGCGUUUGAGGCCACUCUCAGUUGAUGAAACUCAGUUUGAAUCAAUGAAAACUCGGUCUUUCCAGUCCACAUUGUCCUUUACUUCUGAGUCUUCUUCUCAAACUAGUUCUAUGUCUUCUUCCCCAAAAGAAGACUCUUUCACGCACUCCAUGUCUUCGGAGGUGCUUAACUCGAAGGUGGAGAAUGUGAAGAAAAGAAAGAGUCCUCAUUCUCAAGGGUCGUCUUCUCCUUCAGGAUUUGCAUCAUCACCUCCAAAACCAAUGAACGAAAAAGCUUCAGUGAGUGCGUUGCAUUUGCGGGGCUACAGCAUUGGUUCUUUCCAUGAGGAGGACUUGAGGAGAAGCUCCGAAAAUUAUUUGAAGGAUUUGAGUGGGAGCGGAAGCAGAAGUGGAAGUGGAAACGGAAGCGGAAGUGAGGAGGAGCAAUUGGGAAGCAAAGAGUUGGGGUUUUUUGGGAUUGAAUAUAUGAUGCAAAAUGGAGUAACCAACAUGAAAGAUCUUGGAAAUGGAAAGAGUAAGCAUGAUCUUGGCAAUCCUUUUCACAUGCCGAAGCUAGAAUUUCCGAAACAUGAGAAGAAGGAGAUGCGAGAAGUUCGUGGCAAUGCAGCUGCGGAGUCUGAAGAAGAAGAGCCGGAAAGUGAGGCAGAAAACUUUCAAUUGAGCUCGGAUGAUGAACGUGAAGAUGAUGCUCUUGCCGCCGCUGCUGCGGCUACAAGUAGCAACUCUCUGAAUGUUGGAGGAGCAGACUCAGAGGUUGAUAAGAAGGCGGGCGAGUUCAUAGCGAAAUUUAGAGAGCAGAUUAGGCUUCAAAAAGUGGCAUCAAAGGACAGAUCAAGAGGGCAACACAUCUCUGCUAAUUCCUUCGGGCGAUGAUCAUAUAAUUAUGAAUUAUGAUGCUCAAAGUAUUUCUAUUUAUUUGUUUUAUACAUUUAAUAAACAUUUGGUGUCUGUUGUACCAGGGAGAUGUUUAGAAAGCAUUUUCAGUCAUACAAUUUUACUACGGUUGGUGUUAUAUUUUGGAAAGAGCAAUGCUAGGGAGAUCCAAUUGGCUUCAUUUUUCAAUUUCGCGUGGCAUCCAAUUAUGAAUUAUACAAAAUGAAUAAGGUUGAUAUUUA